AUGUCGCUUUUUCUACGCUAUACGCGUUUUGCCUUUAAAACCGACCCGUUUGCACACAUCCGUGCCGGGUUUUGUGCACAUCGAACCGUCCCACUGCAGCGCAUUUCACAACACAAUCAACUGCAUACGGCCGGAAAACCAAGCCUGCUGGUGGCAGUGCAUCAACAACUAUCAGCAUUACACAACCAUCACCCGGUACGCGGUAAAUCGAAGAAAUCAGGCAAACAAACGGCCCGAGCAGCGGACGACGAUCUGGAGGACGAGCCGGAACAAGGCGACGAUGCGGACGAGUACGAGGAGCUGCUCGGUGACAAGCACAACCGUACCGUACGUGUGACGGUGAACUCGAUGCGUGCUGAUCUGCUACUGAAGGCCGGUUUGGGGAUCGCCCGGAACAAAGUGGAAGCACUGUUCUACGACAGCAAGAUACGGGUGAACGGGAAACGGUUGCUGAAGAAAAGCGCCCAGCUAGAGGUUGAGGACGAGAUCGAUGUGGUGCGCGGACCAAGCCCAUCCAAUCCGGACCAUCUGAUCGUGUCGCGGGUCGAGAUCGUUUCGGUAACGCCCCGCACGGAAAACCUUUCGGUAACGCUGCGCCGGCACAAAUCGCUUAUUAUAGAGAACUACAAGGAUCACGGUGCAUACAGUGAAGGGCAGGACAAGUAG